GAUACGCUCUGCUUCUGGAGAUCCUAUCUACUGUCCUAUGGGACAGCCUGGCAGAUACAGUAUAUAUAGAAACCCUGCCUGAUUCUAGUCUCCACUUGCCUGAGAAGGACUUGAGAGGAUAUUGCCCUGGAACUUGAGUCAGGGAUCUGCUGGUGGGAAGAAAAUACAACGAGCAGUAGCACUUCUCUGUUCUCUGGAUUUUGUCUGACCUCAGGCGGUCUGGAGAUUGGAAGAAGCCCGACCCAUUGGAGCCUUUCUCUAUAAGACAAGACAAUAUACAACUGCAACAUGCCCUCCAUGUUUGAGAGAACUACCAAGAAAUUGGUCAAAGAGAUCGGAGACCAAGAGCUCAGACCUGUCAAAUGCUUGGUGAGCGCCACCAAGAUACACCGGUUUUCUCUAAUACGGAGGAAGAAGGCUCGCUCUCGGUUUUGGCAACUACCCGAUGUCCCACUUGACGUCUCCCUCAUGCACAUCCUUGAACAAGGUUCUUUGGUCCCAGACGCUGCUGUGGAAGUGUCUGCCGACUUCAGUGACACUGAGGUCAGGAAGCAGCAGGCGGCUGGGAGCGUGAAUGCUGGGGCAGAAGUGGGCUUCUCGGAGGAGACUGCUGCGUGCCGAGGGUCCUCCCUCGAGUACCAGAUUGUUAGCACCCCACACGAAACCUGGACAGAGCUUCAGAAGAGGAAACUGCCAGACCCCGAGCCGUACUUUCUGAAGCAGUGCCGGGAAGCAGGGCUGAAUCUGUAUGUUGUGACCGACACCGUGGAGCUGCUCAACAGCCCUGUGCUGCAGGAUCAUAGCAGUGUGAAGGUCUCAGGGAUAUGCUUCAUCCCUUGGAAUAUUUUUGUCAAGGGUAAAGGACAGGGAAGGAGUCUCCAAGUGAAAGAGAAGAAGCUGACUGUGCCAAAGGGCUCAGUGGUGGCAUAUAAGAGGAAGCAGCUGCUUUUCUACAGCACGGGCUGGGGCAUUCACCACAUCGCAGAUGAUAAUGAUGAUAAGGAAACCUUUCCAGCAGGUGGCAUGGAACCUCCCAUGUUUCGAAUGAGUGAGUAUGAAUGGUCUAAUCUGAGAAUUGUCUCUGUUUCUGGUUGGCAUUAAUGCCCGGGGGCAGAUUUCCAGCUGCUACAAGAGGAGGUUUCCCAGAACGUAAAAGCAGCCGACGAGCUCUAGGACAUGCAGAACAUUGUGUUCUCCAACCUCCUGGCCAUGCUUGGGGACCACGAGGCUCUUCAGGACCUCAUGGACAUGCUUGAACAGGAACCCUUGGGUCAUUUGGAUGGCCCUGGUGGCACCAUCCUAACUGAACUGCAAAAGGACUCCCGCCAUCCAGGGGUUGGCUCAAAGUGCCUCAUCCUUUACCUGCUUGAAACCUUAAUGGUGCUGAGUGACAUCCAACAUGUUCUGCUGGCUCAGUCCAUGGAGAAGAGGAUCCUCCUUCCGCAGAGGGACCUGGUAAGGAGCAUCCUGGAGCCCAACUUCAACUGCUCUGAGAACACUCCCUUUACCCUCCAGCCUGAGCUCCUGGCCCCACUCCAGGGGGAGGGCUUGGCCAUUACCUAUGGGCU